AUGGCUAUCAACAACGCCGGUGGAUCGGGUGUCGGUAACCCUCCGGAAUUGACGGAAGGCCGUCCUAAAACAAAUGGCAUGCUUGCAUCAAAACCAACGACAAUCCUGGACAAUGCAAAUCCACCUCCAUUCCCCCCGGAUGAUGGAAAGGCUCAAAGUCAAUUGGCCUCCGGCAAAACCCAGUUGGCCAUCACGGGCAUGGCCAUGAGACUUCCUGGGGGAAUCCGAACUGCAGAAGGCUUUUGGGACUUUCUGAUGGAAGGCAAAGAUGGGCAUUCCCCGGUGCCCGAGUCUCGCUAUAGUAUGAGUGCGCACCAUAGCAAGACCCGGCCCCAAUCGGUCCGGAUCGAGGGUGGCUACUUUCUCCAGGAUGACCCUUCGAGAUUUGACGCGGGUUUCUUCAACAUCCCACCGCGGCUUGCAGCUUCACUGGAUCCCCAGCAGCGACUUUUACUCGAAGUCGCAUGGGAGUGCAUCGAGAAUGCCGGGGAGUCACAGUUGCGCGGGGGAAAUGUCGGGUGUUUCGUUGGAGCGUUUGGGAAUGACUGGCUAGAACUGUCGAUGCAAGAUCGUUUGGACUUGGAGCGGAACCUUACCGGUUGCGCGCAAGACUUUUGCUUAGCAAACCAAAUCUCACGCAUGUUUGAUCUCAUGGGGCCCAGUGUUACUUAUCGAACGGCUUGUUCAUCCUCUAUGACAGCCUUACACCACGCCUGCCAGGCCUUGGAAGCGGGCGAAUGCGACACAGCUAUAGUGGCAGGAAUCAAUCUGAUUCUGUCCCCUACCACAGCUACGUCCAUGUCGACUUCUCAAGCCCUCUCUCCAAGUGGGCUAUGCAGGACUUUCGACGCAGACGCAGAUGGAUAUGGCCGGGGAGAAGCUGUGAACGCCAUCUUGAUUAAGAGGCUGGAUGAUGCAUUGCAAAACAGUGACCCUAUUCGGGCUGUGAUUCGCGCGACCGCAAUAAAUUCCGACGGCAUGUCGGCAGCGAUUGGUGUCCCCCGAGCCUUGGGCCAAGAGAAGGUCAUCAGGAAAGCCUACGAAAAAGCAGCGAUUGAUGAUUUCUCACAGACGGCCUUCUUCGAAUGCCACGGAACAGGAACUCAAAAGGGCGAUGUCGCCGAAACGUCCGUGGUAGCAAAGGUUUUUGAAAAAGGAAUUCUGAUGGGCUCGGUCAAACCAAAUUUCGGUCAUUCCGAGGGUGCUUCAGGUCUCACAAGUGUUAUCAAAGCGAUUCUAGCUCUUGAACACCGGAUAAUCCCACCUAACGUGCAUCUCAAUCAUCCCAACCCGCGAAUUCCCUUCGAAGAAGCCAGACUGCGAGUGCCCCGCCAGCCAACCCCUUGGCCGGAUGGUUGUACUGAACGAGUUAGCAUCAACUGUUUCGGAGUGGGCGGUGCAAACGCGCAUUUAAUCCUUGAUUCAGUGUCUUCCUUUUGUGCGACGGAGACACACAUCCAUGGCAGCAAAAGUUCCGAGGGAAAGAAGCUCCUGAUAAUAUCAGCCAACUCAGAGCAAUCCCUUGAAAGGCGCCAAUCCCAGAUACUUGAAUAUCUCCGAAGGCGCCCAUAUACACUGCAGGACAUCUCAUAUACACUGGGACUUAGGCGGGAGCCCCUGCGCUUUCGCAAAUUCUUCGUGGCGGAUGGCACGUCGGCAAGUCAGGGUCGUCAGGUCCAGCUAUCCUCCCAUGGCGCACCUUGGGAAGUAACAUUUGUGUUCUCUGGUGGCCAGGGAGCGCAAUGGCCAGAAAUGGGCAAUCAAUUACUUACACAAAUCAAGGGUUUCCGGAAUGACAUCAAACAGAUGGACAAUAUAUUACAAUCCCUGGAUCGCCCACCUGGCUGGACAAUCGAAGAGGCCUUGUCCAAUUCCAGACCUGCAUGGAUGGACGAGGAUGAAUCUGCACAGCUGUUAUACACGGCAGUCCAGAUUGGGCUUGUCAACCUGCUUUCCCAUUGGGGGGUUCGACCAAGUUCCGUCGCAGGGCAUUCCAGCGGGGAGAUUGCCGCGGCUUAUGCAGCUGGUGCCAUUUCAUUACAUACAGCAAUAAUUUUGAGCUACUAUCGAGGGCUGGCCGCAAAGCUACAUAGUGAGCCCGGUGGAAUGGCAGUUUUGGACCUGGGUAAAGCAGAAGUUCUGCCCUAUCUGACAAACGGAGUUACGGUCGCUUGCGAAAAUAGCCCUUUUAGCGUGACUCUGUCGGGAGCACCAGAUAGAUUGGAGGAAAGUAUGAGACUAGUCUUGGCUGACCAUCCGGAUUGUCUUUGCAAACGCCUUCCUGUGAAGGUUGCGUAUAAUUCAGAGGCCAUGUCAAAGUCUGCGCGAGAAUAUGCUAAGAUGAUCUAUUCUCAUCUUCGCCCCAAUGAGUCUAUGAUUCCAAUGUUCUCCAGCGUGACUGGUGAAGAAAUCUCAUGGCCCGAUGACCUGAAUACGAAGUACUGGCGUCAAACCAUGGAGUCGCCCGUUAUUUUCAACCAGUCAAUUACCGGCCUUAUCAAAGGUAGCCCACAAAACCGGGUUUUUAUCGAAGUAGGGCCCCAAGCUCUCUUGUCGGGUCCGAUGAAGCAGAUCUUUGAAUCGUGCGGUCGAACAUCGCAACUCGCGUAUCUACCCACGCUUUCGAAAAGCAAGGAGCCAUUGGAAAGCUUGUUGUGCACUGCUGGUGAACUCUACUUGCAUCAUAGUCCACUUGACUUGGGGGCCAUUAAUGGUCGUGGCAACGUCCUGACAGAUCUUCCUCUAUAUCCAUGGGAUCAUGACAAGCAAUAUUGGUACGAAACUCGGAUAACUCGAGAGUGGAAACACGCCCGGUUCCCAAAUCACCCGCUUUUGGGCUCUCUAUCACCAGAAUCAUCAACAAUCGAGCCUUGCUGGAGAAAUAGGCUGCAGGUAAAACAUGUUCUGUGGUUGCGGGACCAUAAGGUUGAGAAUGAAAUUGUGUACCCAUGUGUUGGUUACAUUUCCAUGAUCGGCGAAGCGAUUCGGCAAGUUACUGGCUCUACAUGUUGUUCAAUUCGGGAACUGUUCAUGAAAACACCGAUGAGCCUGAAAGAAAAUACCGUGACAGAAGUUAUCACAAGUCUCCGGCCUCAGAGGAUUACGAACAGCGCCGAUUCAGCAUGGUACGAUUUCACCGUCUCUGCCUAUGAUGGAAGCAAAUGGCAGAAGCAUUGCUCAGGCCAAGUCAAGGGAGGCAGAGAUGCCCAAUGGAACUAUGAUUAUGACACUCAGGAUUCUGUCCGGAAUAUUCGCAGUGUUGAUCCCGACGUGUGGUAUGAUGCAAUGAAGAAGCUGGGGCUGGAUCUUGGGCCGAAUUUCUGCAGACUUGAGGAUAUCACUGCCGAUCCGAUGAAUUACCAAGCUACUGCUACAGUUGGCACCAAUAGGCAUUCUGAUCCCGGUGGUGAGUACGGUAUCAAUCCGGUGAUGAUCGAUCAAGGUCUCCAACUGCUGGGCGUUGCCUCAUGUAAUGGUCUUUCGCGCCGGCUACCUAACAUGGGUAUCCCCAUUUCCAUUAACCGAAUCUACGUUUCAGAAUCAUCUGAGCCCAUAUGCCUCCAGGCAAGGUUUUCCAAGGGCGACACUGGUGCGCUGAAAUCUGCCUUGGGAGGAUCUGUGACGGGGCAUUCAAAUGGACGGUUAGCUUUUGCCCUUGGAGGAGUAAAGUUCUUUCCUGUGAAUAAGCCGAUAUCCACGGGAGCAAAGGUCCCUUUGGGGUCUCGCCUGGAGUGGAAGCCAGAUAUCGACCUUCUGGAUGCAAAAGACUUUUUAUUCAAGUCAAUGCCGCAAGCUCCAUACAUGGACCUGGUGGUGAAGUUGAUGAUUGUCGUCAUUAUGAAGUUCGUUGAUAGAAUGGGAAUGGGACCUUCGUCUUUUAUCUCCACACAAUCUCAAGCGUGGACGGAAGCAAACCUCAAGCGAAUUCAAGAGAUUCUAGGGUCCUUUUUCCCGAAAGCUGUUGACUGGCUAUCGGAUCCGAUUGCCCUCCAGUCAAAGCUAAUCGCAGACUUCACUGCUGCUAUGGAAUCCUCGGAACCCUGGGUCCAGCCUAUCCAAAGCUACCUGACGAAGGUACUCGAUGUGCUUGACGAUCAGGUACCUUUUCCAGAGCUUUUCAUAGAUCACAGAGGCUUAAAGUCUCUAUAUGAAUUCGCUGCAACAAUCGUCGAUCUAGGUUAUGCGUUCUCAUUACUUGGUCAUCAAAAUUCCUCCAUGGCUAUACUCGAGAUCAACUCAGGCACAUGCGGUACCACUUCAGGGGCAUUGGCUGCCCUGCGGUCUGAGGAAGGGACUCGUCUUUUUUCCAAGUACACCUUUGCGACCCAAUCAUCAGACCUCCUGGCCGAAGCCAGUGAAAUAUUUGCGGAUAUUGACGGGUUCUCCCCUGUUUCUCUGGAUUCGAACUCUCGGAUCUCGGCCCAAGGAUUUGAGCCGAAAAGUUACGAUUUAGUGAUCAUUCCUAGCAACUUGCCGUCGAUUAUCUCUUCAAAGAGGCUCUCGCGCGACAUUCGCUCUCUGCUUAUUCCAGGUGGCCGCGUACUGGUCCGUGAAGUAACUCCAGAUGUUCCCUUUAUCGACUACUUGAUGAGCUUGAUUCCCACACCAUUUUCUUCUUUCACAAGCGACCUACACUUGACAAGUCCGUAUUCCGCAGAUUUUUGGGAGAAUCAACUUCUCGAGGCUGGCUUCAUGAAACCAGAGUUCCACACUUGUGCCAUGUUUGUGUACCCCUGGUCAAUGAAACAAGCUAUCCUGGCGAAGGUUCCACAGAAAGAGCCCAGGAAGAAAGAUAUAUACCUUCUUUGUCAAACACCACAUCAUUCAUGGGUCGAUAUUUUGACUCGCCAAUUCAGCCAACAAGGGUACAAAGUUCAUUCUACCACGCUGGAAGAUAUGCCAGAGCAAGAAGGGGAUGUCAUUGCUUUGUUGGAUUUGGAAGUUCCGUUUCUACGGGAGAUAUCUGCGGAGAAAUACAAUACCCUUUUGAAGUACGUAUCACAAAGGAGGCGAACGCUGUGGGUCUCCAAGACCUCACAAAUGAAAUGUGAUGAUCCUUCCUCUGGCUUAAUCACUGGGUUUGCAAGGACCAUUCGGCUAGAAGCUUCGAUCGAAUUCGCAACUUUCGAAGUGGAUGAUUGCACUGAUUCUGCGGCGAAGGCCGUAGUCAAUGUAUAUCAGAAAUUCCACCGACAGUCUCAGAAAAAGCAACGAGACCCUGAGGUCGAGUUUGCUCUGCAUAAUGGCAUCGUCCAUGUCGGACGAUUCCACUGGCUGCCCCUGGAACAGCUAGCCCCUUCUCCUAAGCCAGAUUCCCCAAUGACUCUUUCAAUCGCAAAGCCUGGAGGUUUGGAUUCCAUUACUUGGAAACAGCAGCAGAUUCAUACUCUAGGUGAGGAUGAUGUCGAGGUGGAUGUGCAUUACGUUGGAAUGAAUUUCCGGGACAUAAUGGUAACUUUAGGUACCAUUGAUGGGGAACGUGGCCUCGGGCUUGAAGCCAGUGGGCUUAUCCGCAGGGUUGGUGGAAACGUUAAGCAUGUAAAACCCGGGGAUGCUGUCAGCGUGCUCGGGACCGGGCUCUAUACCUCACGAUUCGUGACGUCCAGCAAGAUGUGCUUUCCGAUUUCAAACGGUAUAUCCCUAGAGGAUGCAGCCACUCUCCCUGUUGCGUACGGAACGGCUAUUUAUUCUCUUCUCACUGUUGGACAACUGGAAAGAGGGCAGUCUGUGCUAAUUCAUUCGGCAUGCGGUGCAGUUGGACAGGCAGCAAUUCACAUUGCUCAAAUGAUGAAGGCUAAUAUUUACGCUACCGUGGGAUCGGACCUUAAGGUGCAGUACCUCGAGGAUACCUUCGGAAUUCCACGUGCGAACAUCUUUUAUUCCCGAGACACCUCCUUCGUCGCCGCGGUCAUGGCCGCAACUGAGAAUCAAGGCAUAGACCUCGUACUGAACUCGCUAGCGGGAGAGCUGCUCCAUGCGUCUUGGAGCUGCGUGGCCAAGUUUGGCAAGAUGGUGGAAAUCGGGAAACGCGAUUUCAUUGGCCAUGGCAUGAUGAAAAUGGAGCCUUUUGGUGCCAAUCGCACCUUCAUCGGCGUGGACCUCCUGCAGCUCGCUCUGGAGAGCCCUGUCCGGUUUGCACGAUUGGGUGAAAUGUUCACUCGACUUAGUUUGAGUGGGAAAAUCAAGCCAAUCCACCCGGUGAGGAUCUUUGAUGCAUCCGAGACUCGAGAGGCAUUCUCCUACAUGCAACGUGGAAGCCACAUUGGAAAAAUCUUGAUUCGAUUCGCAGGCGCGAAUGCCGUGGCCAAUAUUCCGAAAGGGAUCACCGCCACAUCAGCAAUGUCUUUCAGACCAGAUGCCGCGUAUCUCCUUAUCGGUGGCCUUGGUGGCAUCGGGCGUGCCGUGUCGAAUUGGCUGGUGGAAAACGGAGCCCGUCAUCUGGUAUUCCUAUCUAGGUCAGGAGCGCAUCUGCCAAGGGAACAGGAUUUCCUCGAAGAGCUUCGCUCUCAGGGCUGCCAGCCAGUCACAAUCAUGGGAAGUGUGGCAAACAUGGACGACGUAGAACGCGCAGUGGCUACGAGUCCCAAGCCAAUAGCCGGUGUGAUUCACCUAGGCAUGGUUUUGAAGCCUGCACCUCUUCUGGAGACUGACUACGACGACUGGAAGGCAGUCCAAGAUCCCAAGGUCAAGGGUGCUUGGAAUCUGCACUGUGCCCUUGGCUCUGCGACUCUAGAUUUCUUCGUGGUCCUGAGCUCUAUAACUGGUGUUUGCGGUAGCAUUGGACAAGUGGGCUACUCGUCGGCCAAUGCAUAUCUCGACGCAUUAGUACGCCAUCGCCGGUCUCUGGGCCUGCCUGCCGCAACACUCAAUCUAGGUGCGGUUGGCGAUAUUGGCUGCUUCACUCGGGAACCGGAAUGGCUGGCCACUCUUCGUCAGUGGGAGUUACGAUUGUUGGAUGAAAGGGAGGUAAUUGAAGCUCUGCAGGCAACUAUACGUAUAAGUCGGACACCGUGUGGCAGCCAUGGAGUAUCUGCCUCUGGCCAGGUGAUUGUGGGAAUGAGCACUACUCGAACACAUGCGGAUCCGGUAUUGCGUAUCCCUUGGCACGAUGCGCGGUAUCGGCUCUAUGCUAACAUUGGACCGACAAUGGGGAAUGCCAAGGAACAUCGAAUUGUUGAUCAGUUGAAACGGUAUAUCAUUCAGGCCCAGCAAAGCCCGGUGAUGCUGAAAGAGCAACAGGCGUACGAUCUUCUUCUUGAAUACAUCGGACAUUAUAUGAAUUUCAAUAUCAGGAACCAGACCGAGGUGGCCCAGAUCGCCCAAAUGUCUAUUGACUCGAUUUUCCUGAUUGAGGCUGUAGGUCACUUCCGGUCCGCCUUUGAGAUUGAAAUGAGCAUGACCAGUCUCUCCGGCGCCACCACCAUCGAAGAUCUUAGUCGUGUGUUCCUGGCGGAACUAUAUCAGAGAGCGAUUGGCCCGAAGGAAAGGGAUUCCCUAUGA